AUGGAGAUGUCCAAGGAGGAACACGAGCUGGCCUUCACGGGGGCUCCCCAGCACUCAGGACCCGUGAUGUCCACCGUGGUCGAUGUCCCGACUGUCACCGUGGUGCGUGACCACGUGGUCUGGUCCCUGUUCAGCACCCUCUUCCUCAACCCCUUCUGCCUGGGCUUCGCGGCGUUCGCCUACUCCGUGAAGUCUAGAGACCGGAAGAUGGUGGGAGACAUGGUUGGAGCCCAGAGGUUUGCCUCCACUGCCAAGUGCCUCAACACCUGUACGCUGAUCCUUGCCUUCCUCGCGUUGGUCAGUUUCCUCGUUUUCCAUAUCGUUGCAUCUACUUAUAGCAUUUCCCGGCAAUACUGA